ACACAGACGCAUUUUUGUUCAUAGAACCUUCUGCUCGCUGACCUUUGCCAUUGGCACCGGCAAAGCUCGUCGACCGACCAGCUCCUUGCCACUGACUGCCCAGGCGGAGGAAUUUUGGGGUUCUUGGCGCUUCCUCGCGCGUCAGGCGGAACGCCAUGUCCAGGUUUGAUGCCGCCGCCAACAAGGCAGCUAGAACGGCUGGGGUAACUGCGGCGCCCAAGCCCAAAGCCAAAGUAGCUUCGAAAGCGGCCGCGGUGAAAGUGGCGCCGAAGUCGAAGGCAAGUGCGCCGCCACCCAAGUUGACAACCUUAGAGGACAAAAAGAAAUUCGUAAAGAUGUGGGAGAUGAAGAUUGACGACAAGGAUUGCGAGGUCCAAGCUGAAGCCAACAAAAAGGCCAAGAAGGACCUCGAAACAGCAUUGAAGAAACUCCAGACUGAUGAGACCUACCUCAAAGUCAAAGAGGAGAUCAAGGAGAUGGAGCUUCAGGGCAAGCGCGAGGCUGAGCGAGCAGCGCUGGAGAAGAACAGUCAAAAGGCAGAUGCUAAGGCUGCAGCACCCAAAGUAGAGAUGCGCAAGGCCACAGAGGAGACAGAGGAGGCCUCCGAAGAAUUGCUCAGGGAGUUGGAAGCGCAGCUGCAUAGCACUGGCAAGGACGCCGCCUUUUGGAAGGCUGGUGCACUGGCAUCGCUGGAGAUUCUGAGCAGUGCCACACCCUUCGUGUUGCCGCAGUUGCCAGUGUUAGUCGACCUUUUUGCAGAUAGCAAGCUUGGUGCCCCUGCACAGAAGGCAGCCAAGGCCAUCGUUAGUCACUUGCAACCGAAAGGCCAUGGCAUCGCCUCGGAGGUGCUACCCACACUCUUGGCCGGCAUGCAGGACAAACGGUGGAAAGUCAAAGCUGCUUGCAUCGAUGUGCUGCUGCCAUGCCUUCAUCAGAUGUUUGAAUUUACGCCCGCGCAGCUGGCCGAAUCGUUGCCUCAGAUCCUCACUCGCCUCGCUGAAGCGGCGCUGGAGGUGCGGGCAGAGAUUCGGAGCGCUACCAAUGCCGUUCUGAGGGAGAUCGGCAACCUGGUGGCAAGUCCGGAGAUCAAAAAGCUCUCCCAGGACCUGGUCACUGCGUUGGCUGAACCUACAAAUCAGAAGCAUACACAGGAUGUGCUGGCCAGAAUGGGAAAUCAGACCUUCAUGUCCCUGAUCGAUGCGGCUUCGCUCUCGCUAUUGAUGCCUAUCGUAGUGAGAGGCUUGAGGGAAAGAGAGCCAGCCAGCAAGAAGUGGUCUGCACAGAUCUUUGGGUCAACCUCUCAGUUGGUGCAGAACGUGGACUUCAUCAAGCCCUAUUUACCCAUGGUUGCACCCAUGCUGGAGCAGGCGUUGUUCGACCCAGUUUCGGAGGUCAAACGAGAGGCUGCAAAGACCUUUGGUGUGAUGGAGCAGGUUUUGCCUGACUAUUCACAGAACAAGCUUUUGCCCUGGCUCUUCAACAAACUUCGGAAAGGAGAGCAGGGUGAGCAGACCGGGGCAGCGUUGGCAUUGGCUGAGACCCUGGUGAAAAUGGACAAGGACCUCGCAGCCACCUUCAUCGGCGAGCUUUGCGCUGGUGCCACGGAUGCUCACUGGCCAGUGAGGAGAGGAUUCCUGGAACUCAUGGAUACCAUGCCGCAGGCCAUGAAGAUGGAGUUCGUGCCAUACAUUGAGUCCCUCUUCCCUGCCAUGCUGAUGAGCAUCACAGGUGAGAAAGACCAAAAUGAGGACCCUGGGCAUAGGGCCGCGCUGGCGUUGGUGCAGCGGUUCGGCGAUCUGUGUCCUCAUAGCUUGCUUGAUGGCUUUGAGGGCGCCUAUUGCUGCACCUUGCAGAGUGAUUCGCCCGAGGAGACGGCGCGAAAUGCCGUGACCCGCGAGAAGACUGUGGUCUUACUGGGCAAGGUGGCUGAAAAGAUUUUGGAGCACAAGAAGUUUGGACAAGACCUCCUGAGCACGGAGGACUGCUCCAAUAAAGCCACCAGAGAGCGUGUGCUCUUGCUCAUUCUAUUGGCGAGGUUCGACGCAGAUGCCUCAGUGAAGCGAGUGGCCAAUGGCUUGUGGAAGACAGCCGGUGGGGCUCCGAAGGUUCAGAAGGCCAUCAUGCCCAACAUGACAAGGUUCUUGGAACGCUUGCGUGGCGGCGACCGGGGCCCCGGCGCUCAAAAGUUGGCGUUGGAGGUGGUCGAUCAGUUGGUGAAGAGUGGAGACAUGGAAGCGCUGGAGGGAGAGGUCCCGGAGGUCUCCAGACGGUCCUUCCCACCCACUCCGGAGCGGGCGCCCGAAGGCAGCUUAGCAGCGUUGGUGGUACAUGGCCUGGAACCUGACGCCAAAGAAGAGGAAGCGGGUGGCCACAAGCACAUGGACGCAGCUGCUGCGGCCAGCACCGCGCGGGUGGUCAUCAACAAGGAGGAACGUCUCUCCAAGUUGGUCCCCUGCGUGCGCCAACACAUGGCUGCCAUCGCCGCGUCCAUUGUUGUGGAGGGUCAAAAGAACAAGCACUUCAAUGGCAAGAAGCAAAUGUCGACCAUGACAGAGGAUUUCACCACAGCAUUGACACUGUCAAAGGAGGUGGGUGAGGCUCCUUCCCUGGAUGAGCUGCCAUCCAUCGCGGAAGCCGUUGUGAGAGCUGUCAUGGGGGAUGCAUUUGAUGCACAUGCUGAUGGUGCAGACCAAGACGAUGAAAUUCUGCUCAGAGUGGAGAACCUGUUGCUGAUGUACGGUGCUGGGCAUUUGCUGCUUAAGGACACCACCCUGGAGAUGAAGAAGAACUGCCGCUAUGGCGUGGUAGGCCACAACGGUGCUGGAAAGACUACCUUGAUGAAAGAAAUCGCUGCACACCGGAUUGUCGGCAUGCCGCCGGACUUGAAGUGUGUCCACGUCGAUGACUCCAAGCUGGGGGAGAUGAGCGACAGCUACCUCAACGCUUUGGAGUACUGCAUCAAGAUGGCCAAGGACAUCGGGGUGAACGCCGCGGGGCGUGAGACCCUUUUAAAGGUAGGCUUCGAUGAAGCAAAGCUGAAUGAUCCCGUGGCAGAGCUCUCCACUGGCUGGAGGAUGCGACUCACGUUGGCCGUGUCGAUGUUGAAGCAUGCAGACUUGGUGCUUCUGGAUGAGCCAACAAACCAUUUGGAUGAAGAGUCGGUGCAGUGGCUCAGCGACUACAUUCUGUCCAUCACGUCCUCCUCCGUGAUGGUCAUCUCCCAUGAGCCCAAGUUCUUGAACAAGAUUUGUACUCAUGUGGUUGCAUAUGUCGACAAGAAGCUGGAAUACACUGAAGGCAACUUCGACAUUUUUGCACAAAAGAAGGGCCUUAGCAAGGAGCAGAUCGAUGCGAUGCUCUCGGGGAAUCUGAGCUUCGACACCAAGAAGGAGGGUGAUGAGGAUGAGGAUGCAGGUGAUGCCCCCAAAGUGGCGGCGCCGGUGGCAGGCCCACCGAAGCUCACCUUCCCCAUCCCAGGAUCCAUGGAGGGCGUGAAGACAGGAUCCAAGAGUGUUUUGGAGCUGAGGCAUGUCUCCUUCCGCUAUUCGAAAGACAAGGAUUAUUUGCUUCAAGACUGCUGCGGCAAGCUGAGCUUGAGCUCAAGGGUAGCCGUUUGCGGCAGGAACGGCUGUGGUAAAUCCACCCUGAUGACCUUGCUUUGCAGCGAGCAUUCGCCAUCGGAGAACACAGAUGGACAUCAUGGCGAGGUCUGGAGACAUCACAACUUGCGGCUGGCAUACAUGAAGCAGGAUCACCUGAAAGCCUUGGGGCCGUUCUUCGACACUUCUCCGUUUGUUUACAUCACUGAGCGCUUUAAGGAGGGCUACGAUGGUGACUUGCAGAGACGGUUGAUUGAGCCCGAGGACGAAGAGGAAGCCUUACGGCGGAAGGAGUUGGCCAAGCAGUAUGGCAAGUACGGCAACGAGGUGGGAGAGCUGGUGAGCCGCACCAAGGUUGGCAAUCAUUUGGCUUACGAAGUCCGGUGGGAUGGUUUGGACGACCCCAAGCAGAACACCGUUGAGCCAAUCUCAAAGCUCAAGGCCAUGGGCCUGGACAAGGUCAUCAUCGCCUGCGACGAGCGGAUCGCCGCCAAGGCAGCUGGCUUGGAUCAGCGACCUUUGACGCGCAGGGAGAUUGUGAGGCAUUGCGAAGCCUUUGGCAUUGAUGAGGAGAUGUGCUGCAACCGGCAGAUCCGCGGCUUUUCAGCCGGCCAAAAGGUGCGACUCUCCUUAGCAGCGAUGUUUUGGACCAAGCCGCACUUCAUCGCAUUGGACGAGCCCACCAACUACUUGGACGUGGAGACGGUUGAUGCCCUUGGGAAGGCGCUCACCAACUUCCGUGGGGGGAUCAUCAUGAUCGAGCCCAAAACAGACUUUGUGGAGCGGAUCUGCAACGAGAAGUGGCUGAUCGAGGAUGGCAAGAUGAAGGUUGAGAAGCUGAACAAUGGAGUGAAGCGUCAGGCAUAGGCAUUUGGAGCUUUCUAGUCCGUCCUUCUCGAGUCACGCUGUUCGCAGAGCAUUGCCUGUUUGAUUGUCC